UGUUCCRUUUGCAGAAAGUUCAGAAAAAACCAUGUCGAGCCCAUGAUUGCAUCAGAGCUACCAGACUACCCAUGGCAAAAGGUAGCCUCAGAUCAACUCUUCUGGAAAGGAAAGACCUAUCUACUAGUGAUAGACUAUUACUCCCGCUACAUCGAAGUGUCUCMACUGACCUGCACUACGUCGCAAAGUAUCAUUGCAAACUUGAAAACCAUAUUCAGUCGCUUCGGCAUUCCAGAGAAGCUYAUCACGGAUAAUGGACCUAAUUAUGCAUCAAAGGACUUUGUGAACUUUKCAAAGGACUACGGAUUUACUCAUGUCACUAGUAGUCCCCGUUACGCGCAAGCCAACGGAGAAGCCGAACGUGCCGUUCAGACUGUGAAAAGUCUAUUUGAAAAGUGCGCUGAUCCUCACUUAGCUUUAUUGGCAUACCGUUCAACACCGUUAGAACAAGGGUAUAGUCCUGCACAACUUCUUAUGUCUCGUAAUCUACGGACGACAGUUCCAGUGCAUCCCUGCAAGCUAAAACCUACCGUGGUCCCGUCUGAAAGUCUUAACAAGAAGGACUCUGAACUUAAACAGCGACAGAAGGAAAACUAUGACUCACGUCAUAGAGUCAAGGAUCUAACUCCUUUGGCGGAAGGCGACCAAGUGUAUCUUCCUCAAAUGAAAUCUACAGGUACAGUUCAAAAGGAGUUUGGUGAAAGGAGCUACAUCAUCUCAACCUCAAAUGGUGAGAUACGACGAAACCGGAGACAUCUCAACUCGCUGCCCAAGGAGACGGUUGCAGAAGUUCCACAUUCUCCACCAAAGUCUACGGUGAAAGCGGAAGCAGCGCAGCUUCCUUCUGAGGAUGGAAACAUCACAACCCGUUCCGGUCGUGCUGUGCGMCCUCCACAAAGACUUAUUGCUGAAUAGAGCAAAAACUGACUUUGACUGUUAAGUUUUUGAACCUGUUGCUUUCUCUGGACCAGUUACGGAACAUGGUCACAUUUAUGUACACGGACUCAGUUUGUUUACAUUUAGUUUACUGCAUGUAACCUGUAAGGGAGGUGUAGUGUUCGGGUACCCUGUGUACCGCUGCCUCGUUCUCAUGUAAGUCGUGCUUCWAGUGUAAAUACUWAUGGMGGAUUAAACGAGUUCAGUGCCGU